AUGAAAGAUUAUAAUUUUAUAAGAAAUUGGAUAUGUUUCAAUUUUUUAGGUAAUAUAAAUAAUUUUUCAUAUUGUGUUGUUAAUGCAGCAGGUAGUUCUUUAGCAGCAUAUUUUAAUAAUGAAAAAAAUAUCGCAUUAAUCUUAUGGGCAAAUAUUGCAUUUGGUUUUGUUUCAAGAUUAAAUUGUAUAAUUAUGGGUUUAGGCCUUGUUGGUGUUGCACUUUCAGUUUAUGUAAAUUUUGCAUUUUGUAUUGCAAGUAUAGCAUUAAUUGGUAUAGCAAGUUCAUUUGGUGAAAGUGUUUUAUUAUCAUAUAUGAAAAGAUUUCCAGCUGAAAUAGUUAAUGGUUGGUCAUCAGGUACAGGUGUAGCAGGUGUUAGUGGAUCAUUAUUUUAUAUUGGCAUGGUUGCUGCUGGUUUAUCAAAUUCAAAAAUUUUUUAUAUUAUUUUACCAACUGUAGGUGCAUAUUUCCUUUUAUUUUUCUUAGGUUUAAAGGUACCAACAGCUUCGAGUUCACCAAUCAAUACAAAGAAAUCAUCACCAUCAAAUGAAAGUGAUAAAAAUACAGAAAAGCAAUCAUUAGUUUCAAGUGACCAAUUAGCAGAGGAGGAUUAUUCAUCUCCAGCCAGCAAUAUUAAAAUCAGUGAUAUUUAUGAUGAUGGAUGUCAACCAAUUAGAGGAACACCAAACGAAACCAAAAAACAAAGAUAUAUUCGUUGUGCUAAAUUAGUUUGGUUCAAUGCAGUCAAUCUUAGUUUAGUAUAUUUCUUUGAAUACGUAGCAAGUGUUGGUGGUGCAGAUUUAGCAAUUAAACAAAAUCCAAAUGGUGACUUUUUCAUUAAAAAUGCCUAUGCUAUUUUUAGUUUUUGCUAUCAACUCGGUGUCUUAAUCUCUCGUUCAUCACUUCAAUUUGUAAAAAUUAAACGUGUUGGUAUCAUCACUAUCCUUCAAGGACUUAAUAUGGUAUUUUGGAUUGUCCAAGCUAAAUAUAGAAUGGUCCAUAACGUUUGGGGCUUAUUUAUUUUAAUGGUUUAUUGUGGUCUCUUGGGUGGUGCUUCUUAUGUCAAUGUAUUCUAUUUAAUUUUACACGAUAAAAAAAUCCCAGACGAAGAUAGAGAAAUUUGUGUCAAUUAUGCAGCCUUAUUAGUUACUUUAGGUAUUACUUUAGCAAGUUGUUUCAUUUUAGUUAUGGAUCAUACAUUUUUGGCUGAUCAAGUUGCAAAUAAAUAA